UGAAGCCGUCGUAUGUAUGUAUAUAUAUAUAUAUAUGUGUGUGUGUGUAUAUGUUUGUCCCCCCCACCCCCCAACAUCGCUUUACAACCGAUGCUGGUGUGUUUACGUCCCCGUAACUUAGCGGUUCGGCAAAAAGAGAGACCGAUAGAAUAAGUACUAGGCUUACAAAGAAUAAGUCCUGGGGUUGAUUUGCUAGACUAAAAGGCGGUGCUCCAGCAUGGCCACAAUCAAAUGACUGAAACAAGUAAAAGAGAGAGAGAGAGAGAGAGAGAGUAAAGAGAGAUAUAGACCAGAUUUGGCCAAGUUUCAACGCAGUGGGACUUGAACUCAGAACCAUGUGGUUACCACACAUUUAUGACUGCGCCUAUUUUACCCACACAGACGCGCGCGCGAGCACAAUAUAUUUGUACGUAAAGCCGUUGUACUGGGUUCGAAACUGACACCAAUAAACACUCACCAGCUUCGCGUUAUUUUCUUAAUUGCUUCGAAAUUUGAAAAAGGCAAAGUUCUGGUUUCUUUGGUGUUGGUGUUUUGUAAAGUUUUUUAAUAUUUUCCUUCUGUAAAUAUAUUUAUAUAAUUUUUUCUUUAUAAUCUUUUUAUUUUCAACUAUAUAUACCUGGUGAUCUUAUGAAAAUAUUUUUUACUUUUUAUCGAGAUUUAAUAUUUCUGAAAUCUUAAUUACAUUUACACACACAUAAUUACAUGUGUGUGUGUACAUAUAUAUAUAUAUAUAUAUAUAUACAUAUAAGCACGAACAUUUAUUUCGCAUUUAUGUAUAAUAUUUAACAUUCUUACUUUCAUUUACGUAUUUUCCUCGUGACAUUUAUGUGUAACCGAUUACUUUUUUGUUCCUUUCGAAUUUCAUAUAUAUCAUUAAUUUCAUUUGUACUUCAUAAACGUCUCUAUAUUCUUUCAUAUACAACUUACGUAUCCCGUUGAACGUGUUAUACACACACACACACACACCUUGCUUUCUUUUCUCAGUACAACAACGAACAAUACAAUAUUCGUCUGCUAACGGUACUGAGUACUGUUAAGGAAUCGGGAAUUAUAGCACGUUUUAUUUCUUUUUCUGUUAUCCAUGCAACCGGAACAUCAAACUGGGAACUAGUUGCAUAAAGUCUUAAACAGAAAUAACGCCUCAAAAAACGAACGAUUUGAAAUUCUCUGCUGUUAUUGGCCAUCGUUCUUCACCAAACCAAUUUAUAAAUUGAUAGACUCUUAUCAACAGCGGAAAAAAACCACAUUAUCGACAUCACCGUUAACGGUGACAUGGAUAAGUUGUAACUGAAGUACAGGAGUAAAAAAAAAAAAAAAAUACGAUAUCGACAUAAGUGAUACAGCGACGAUGACCUAUAACUGAAACAGCAUCGUCAUCACCGCCACCGCCACCAUCACCUUUGUCUUCACUGUAUGUAAUAGCCGCAUUCGCCACACUUUGUAACGGCUCAAAUACUAACGGAGCAGCGUACCUAUAAUUUAUAACAAGAACAACAGAAGCUGGUUUUAAGAAAAUAUAUAUAAAAUAAACUGUGACCAUGUCUUUGAAUGAUGUUGAUAUUGAUGAGAUGUUUUUGCAGAUGAGUGAGAAGUUGGGUUGGCUUCAGUUAGGUGAUGUAGACUCUGCUAUUCGUUCUUUGACAAAGAGACAAAAGCACAAGGAGAGUGCAAAGAAAGGCUCCACAGCGAAAGACAUCAGCGCCUCUUCUAAGAACAGUAUCACUGCCAACACUGCCGCCACCACGUCAAAGGUGAAGAAGUCUAAGCCUUCUACGAAGAAGCAGGGCGUUUCUGGGAAGUCUGAUGUUAGAUCCAAUGGAGAUUGCAAUAACGGUGCCAUUAAAGUUGGAAGUAACCACAAGGAAAACAUGAAAGCAGAUUUGUUGGACAAAACUGGUGCAAAAAGUCUUGGGAAAAUUCAUGUUGGUUUAGAAUCGCAGCCAGAAAAGGACCUGUUCUUGGCAACGUCAACACUGGAGUUCCUCGACAGCCCGGACUUGGUUAUGAGUAGUACUGGUUAUAAUGAUAUUGAUGAUGAUGAUGACAAAAUAGGAAGGGACAAGAGAAGUUUGGUCACUUCUGUAUUUUCCCAGCCACCUAAACCCGAUUCACCAUCCUGUCGGCACAGUGAUGACUCAAAUAGCAACAGCCUAAAUAGCCCAUUGAAUUUGUUUGGUUCCGAUGACUUCCCUUCGAUGACUGGUAUUUGCAAGAAGAUCUCGUUUGUAUUUGACGACUCGACCAGCGAAAGUUCUUUCAACGACAGCGAUUCAGCUUCCGAUACCUCGAACAAUAGCUGCAUCAUUGAAAAAACUCCUUUGACAACAACAACAAUUCAAACACCUCCCACGGUUGCUGAAACUGCAAAGAUGUCAGAGAUUCCUACCAUGGAUGAUUGGGAUGAUAUUUUUCAGUAUUUUACUCCAUCUCCUCCCGACCGUCAACUUCCGAAACUGGAAACCAAAAUAGGCAAGAACGGCCUAAGUGGCGGUGGUGGUGAUGAUGGUGUGUUUAGAAAACCAUCUGUAUUUCCCGGCACCAAUACUAAUUCUUCAACUGGAUCUAAAUCCACUGUGACACGAUUAAAGACUCCAGUUUCGGAUAAAAGAUCCACACCCGUGAACAAUGUAUUACCAAAUGUUCCAUGUGGCGGCAAAGUUCCUCAAACCUGUCCAACGCAGAGGUACUUACUCCAGCCAAGGCCUCCACAUAAGACAAACAAACAGCGUGAGGCUGAUGGUUACGCUUGUUUCUUGAAAUCCUUGUCAGAAAAUGCCGAAAACUUAUCGUAUGUUGAUGAAGAAGCAAGGAAAUUUGUAAAAUACUUCAAGAAAUUUCGAGUGCAGCUUGUUAAAAAGCUUUUCGUAAUUUACAACGAAACCAUCUUUGAUAACCAGUUCCCAGCAGAUUUACCGAUUGUCUGGAACAAGCGUUUACUGACCACGGCUGGUCACUGCAAACUUAAGAAGAAAACUAACACUCUACGUAAAACCCAGGUGAGAACAGUUGAGGUUAACCUGGCGACCAAGGUGUGCGACACGGCUGAACGAGUUCGUGAUACACUUAUCCAUGAACUGUGCCAUGCUGCAGUCUGGUUAUUCAACGGAAGUCAAGGAGGACAUGGUGUGCUUUGGAAGUCUUGGGCGAGGCGAGCGAACCGACGCUAUCCUUCGGCACUGGCCAUUAUCGAACGUUGCCACAGCUAUAACAUUGCAAAGAAGUACACGUACAAGUGCGUCCAAUGUGGUUACAGCUUUGGCCGACACUCCAAGUCUCUGGAUACGACAAAGAAGGUCUGCGGAUACUGCCACGGCCGUUUUGAGUUGGUGACCGCUGCGGAUUCCACCCGUGGUUCCAACAAAGGUGGCUCAGAGAUGACGCCAGCACGCACCCCUAACAAGUUUGCCCUGUUUGUCAAAGAACACUAUGGAACGGUGAAGAAAUCAAGCUCAUGUUCCCAUAAGGAUGUUAUGAACAUUCUUAGUCAGAAAUUCAAAGAGGCCCGGAUCAGUUGAACAAAAUUGGAAAUCUUGAUGCUGAAGGUACAAUGUGGUAAAAGCAUCAAUACACACACACACACAUAUAUAUAUAUAUACACAAAUGUAAAUAUGUAUAAUGUAAAUCAUCAUCAUCAUCAUCAUAAUCAUCGUUUAACAUCCGCUAGCAUGGGUUGGACGAUUUGACUGAGCACUGGUGAAACCAGAUGGCAACACCAGGCUCCGAUUUCGCUUUCGCUUUCCCCAAUAAGUCUUCGCAAGCUGAGUUUCGUGUCCAAUGAGGGAGACGACGUUGGCACAGGUGCCAGUCAUCGAAUUUAGUUCUGUUUCGAUUUCGCUUGCCUCAACAAUAAGUCUUCGCAAGCUGAGUUUCGUGUCCAAUGAGGGAGACGACGUUGGCACGGGUGCCAGUCAUCGAAUUUAGUUCGGUUUCGAUUUCGCUUGCCUCAACAACAAGUCUUCGCAAGUGGAGUUUAGUGUCCGACGUAGGAAAGGUACGCAUAAGAUUGCAUGCAGUGUUUAAGGGCUCUACAACUCACUGGAAAAGAGGGGACAGAAAGGAAUACGUUGGCUAAAGAAAGACGACAAUAAAGGGAAGAAAUACAUGGAAAGUAUAUGGAAGGAAACAGAAAAAAAAGACAGAAAAGUGAACAGUAAAAGUGACAUAAAGCAAUAAGGUUGCAUGGGAAUAUGAAGAGUUUGGAAGCAUGGAAUUUUACAAGGAUCUUUUUUUUUUUUUCUCACAUGGAAAAAACUUUAAUGCAACAGAAUAAUUUUAUAUAUAUAUAUAUAUAAUGUAUAUUUUAAUAUUACAUUUCUGCAUUGUGAUGCUAAUAACCUGUCAUUUAGAACUCAAUAACAUACUUCAGUCUUUGGAGCUCUGAUGAAGCUGUAAGGAUGAUAGUCAGGCACUCAACUACGAGCGCAUUGUACCUCACAGCAGAAACAGCUGUAAGCUAAUGAAGUUCAUAACAUAAUUAUUUAUUCCAUUGUCAUCCCACUUUCUUAUAUACAUACAUACAUACAUAUAUAUAUAUAUAUAUAUAUAUAUAUAUAUA